GGAAUUAUACUGCACUGUGCUGCUCUUGGUUUCCUAGAGCCCUGUUGGUCCAACUCCGGACAAUUUGAUGAUAGCGGUUUUGGUGGGAGCCUGUUGCGUGUGGCAUGGGCACUGGGGAUUAUAUCUGUGUAACGGUGCGCGGAGGCGCGCCCUGGGGCUUCAGUCUCUGCCAAGGAGAGGGAGAUGCCUACCGACCUUUGCAGGUUUAUCAGGUGGAAGAGGGAGGUCGUGCGUCCCUGGCCGGGGUUUGUGAGGGGGAUGAGGUGGUGUCGCUGAAUGGAGAACCCUGCGGUGACCUUUCCCUCCCAGAAGCUAUUGCUCUCAUUGACGCCUGCGUCAACUGCCUGCAAUUACUGGUCAAAAGAUGCUGUGCACUAACCCCCGAGGCAUUUAAUUUAGAGGAGACCUACUUUGGCACAAGGGAGUCCUCUGGUGAGGCUUUGGAAAGCACCAACCUCCGCAUCCUGUCCCUUUGCAGGCUCCAACCACCCAGAGAGCUCUACAUCGCUGAGUCCCAGGAUGAGACCUACUAUGGGGAGACAGAGAGUGACACGGAGGCCGCCAGAGGGACCCAUCUGGUCCGUACCCAGCUCUGCGGCCCAGAGUCCCAGUUACUCGGAGGGGGAGGGUACGGAGGUCGAGUAGGACCCCAGGGAGGGGGUUUCUCCCCAGGGGCAAUGGUGGAGCUCCAGUUGUCCCUCUCUGAACACACCCUGGAGGAUCCUGUCUGCACCUCCCUGGGGAGUGCUCUUGGAAUAGAGGGGGAGAUCCAGGCGAGAGAGGCCCUCCAGAACAAGGCCCUCCUCCAUACCACCACCCACUCGCUCUACGUCUGUGGCCCAGCUAGGGAGCCCCUAAGUCAGCAUGGAGUGGUGGAGAUCACCCUGCAGCAUCCCGCAGCCGGAAGGGGUUCUCCAUGUCUGGUAGAGGGGGAGGGUGCCUGUGGGGCCAGUGGAAAUGUUGGUGGAGCCCCCAGGGAGGAAGGAGCAGGGCAAAGCCAGGGAGCUCCUGCCUCCUUCACUGUCUCCUUCGGAAUUCCCAAAGAGGGUGCCGAGCCGGCAGAGGAGCCAGACUCGGAUUCAGAGAAGGACCUUGGGAAACCCAACAAGCACCGGGCCAGGCACGCCAGGCUCAGGCGCAGUGAGAGCCUGUCAGAUAAGCAGGUGAAGGAGGCCAAGUCUAAAUGUAAGCGCAUUGCUAUUCUUCUGAACGCUGACGCUCCCAACCCCAACAACAAGGGGGUGUUGAUGUUCAAGAGGCAUCGACAGAGGGCCAAGAAGUACACACUCGUCAGCUACGGCACUGGUGAGAGCGAACCAGAGUACGAGGAAGACGACAGCGAGGAAGACUACGAGGAAAAAGACCCCCGAGCGAUCAAAUUUACCCUCUUAGCCACCACCAGCGAUUCAGAGCUUGACGAGGACUUCAUUACUAAUGUCCAUGGUGGAGGCAGAGUGAUAACCUGCGACUGGGACACGGGACUACUCAAUAUCGAGCGCAAGCUCAAUUCCGGAGAGGAGAUGGAGCAACUGCCCAACACCACGGGCAAGGGGGCCACAAUGUUUUCCCAGCGCCGCCAGCGCAUGGAUGAGAUCGCUGCCGAACAUGAGGAGAUGAGGCGCCAGGGGAUUCCUGUGGAGGGAGUGCAGGAGGUGGAGAAGCAUGCAGCCUACCAGCAGAUGGAGGAGCGCUCGUACAUGCAGGCCACCACAGAGAGCCAGGCCUACAUGGACGUGAACGUGCAACAGAAGCAGCAGCAACAGUAUCAGCAGUUCCAAGAACAGCAGUAUUACGAGCAGCAACAGCAGCAGCAGCAGCAAUACCAGCAGCAGCAGCAAUACCAGCAGCAACAACAGUACGAGCAGCAGCAAUACAACCAGCAGCAGCAAUACCAGCAGCAACAACAGUACGAGCAGCAGCAGUACCACCAGCAGCAGCAAAUUCAACAGUACUCAUCUAACAUGAAUGGCGUUGCCAACCACCAAAGCAAUGAAAUGCAGAGUUCUAUGAGCAAUCGAACCACCCAACCCUUCUCGGUACAAAACCAGGUGCCCGUCCCAUUUCUUACCCCAAUGAGUGGGAACAACCAAGAAGCGAUGAGUCAGGGGGAGCAGAUUGCCUCGCGCGACGAGCGCAUUUCAACGCCGGCUAUUAAGUCUGGGAUCUUGCAGGACACAAGGAACAGAUUCAAGGGCAAGCCAAUGUUCAAUUUCAAACAGGCUCCCAAAGUUCCACCCAACCCGGAGCUUAUGAAUCUCCUCAACAGGAGUGACAAGAAGUUGGAUUUCGAGUCAGCUACGGAAGAGGACUACCUUAGCUUGGGGGCUGAGGCUUGCAACUUUCUCCAGUCACCAAGGGUCAAACAUAAGACGCCUCCACCAGUCGCUCCCAAGCCCAUCAUUAAUCCCAACUCUCCGCCUUGGUCCCCUCAGCCUGAGCUGGCCAACCAGGAGUUGCCACUGCAUGCUGAAAAUAGUGUCCCCGCACCUGCUACAGCCUCCGAGCCGGAGUCCGCCCCUGCUCCAGAACUGGAUCCAACCCCUGUACCGGCCCCAGAACCCUCCCCCCCUCUUGCACCCCAGGAAGUUCCUGCCAACACUCCCUCUCCAGAAAAACACACAUGGAGUCCCCCAGGGUCCCAGGCAGAGCAGCAGCCCCAGCAAGUGCCAGCCUGGGGAAGAAAUGGACCUUCUCCACCUCAGCCUCAUUCACAACCCGAGCCUCAAGUGAGUUCUAAGGCUCCACAACAAACACAGGCACAACAGCAGCCACAACUGCAGCCACCCGUGAGUACUUGGACACCUGCUGAAAUGAAGCCCCAAGCUCCAGCUCCAAGUCAGUCCCCACCACAGCUCCCUUGGGUGACUCCCCAACCUCCUCCUCCUCAGCCUCAAGCUCAGCCUCAGCCACCAAUUAAUUAUUGGGCUGCCCAGCCCCAAUGGGCUCAACCUCAAGAGCAAGCACAGGUCCAACCACCAUGGGUUCAGCCUCAAGAACAAGUACAGCAACAGCCCCAGUCACAUUGGGCUCAGCCUCAAGAACAAGUUCAGCAACAGCCCCAGCCACCAUGGGCUCAGCCUCAAGAACAAGUUCAGCAACAGCCCCAGCCACCUUGGGUUCAGCCUCAAGAACAUGUACAGCAACAGCCCCAGCCACCAUGGGGUCAACAACCUCAGCCUCCACAACAGGCUUGGCCCCAGGCCCAGGCCCAGCCUCAGCCACCUUGGGUGUCAUCACCUCAGCCUCCAAUGACGGCAUGGACAUCACCACAGAGCCAGGCCCAGCCACCACAGCCACCUUGGGCCCAAUCAGCCCAACCCCAACCUACAGCUCAGCCCCAACCCCAUAUGAAUUCAUGGUCCCAAGCACCUGCUCAGGCUCAAGCACCUGCUCAGGCUCAAGCACAGCUACCCAUUAAUGCCUGGACCCCAGAUCAGAAUCAGGUCCAGCCACAGUCACAUUGGGCCCAAACAACUCCAACCCAAUCCCCAUCCCAGCAAUGCUGGCAACAGCCACCUCCACAGCAGACACCCCCACAGCCACCUAUGAAUGCAUGGGCCCCGGCUCAGGCACAGCCUCAGACACACACAAGUACCUGGGCCCCACAACCACAGCAAGCCCCAGUAAAUACCCAGACCCCGAUGGACAGACUGGCUCAACCUUCUCCGAAACCUGGGAAUGCGCCACAAAAUGCUCCCCGUUCUAUUCCUCCACCUCGCCCACAGCGAAUGAAUUCUUACACGCUUGGAGAAAGGUCAUCGUCACCCCUCAUCAAUCCAAUGGCCAGCGUGUUGGUACCAGUGCGAGGCAUGGGCUCAGCUUUGUCAAUGCCGGCUGUUACAGGGAAAGGAGCUGAUUUGUUCGCCAAGAGGCAGUCUCGUAUGGAGAAGUAUGUAGUGGAUUCGGACACUGUGCUGGCAGCCACUGCACAGGCAGCCCAGCAAGCCCAGGCAGCCACUGCACAGGAAAACAAGGCAAGGUCCACAUCGCCCUCUCCCUCCGUACCUCAUUCGUGGAAAUAUUCACCCAAUUGCAGAGCUCCCCCUACAUCAAAUUACAACCCCAUACAGUCCCCGUCCUACCCACCAGGGGCCAUUAAGCAACCCCCUCCAUCUAGCCCUGUGGCCAAAGCCAAGAAAGGGAAAGGCAAACCUGCCUGCAAACCCCUUGCUGUUAUAGAUGUCAUGAAACAUCAGCCGUAUCAGCUCAAUGCCUCCCUUUUUACAUAUGGCCCAGCAGUGGAGGCUGCCGAGGCUGCCAAGGCCGCUGCACCAAAGCCUGCCCCAGCCCCUGCCCCAGUCCCUCCAAACCAAAACCAACCAAUCAGUUAUGAGCAACUUUCCCCUGUCCAGCCGGCUGGACCAAUGAAUUCUGCCUAUCCACAGCAGCCCCAGCAGCCCUAUGGGAUGCCCCCUCAACCACACAUGCACGAUAGUCCCUACCACCAAGUCCCAAUUAAUGCUUACCAGCCACCUAAUAACCCCUACCAGCAAGCUCCUGCUGGCCCUUACCAACAACCAUAUAAUCCCCUUUACCAACAAGCCCCUCCAGCCCCUUAUCUACCCCAGCACCAUCCCCAGCCCCAAGCUCCAAACUCUUCCUACCAACCGACCCCCCAAGGUCCAUAUCAGCCAGCCCAUAGCCCCCCUUACCAAGCAGCACCCCAAGCCACCUACCAGCCACUACCUCCCAGUACCUAUGUGGUCCCCAGCUUUCCGAUAGCGGCAAAGCCUGAGUCCAUCUCUGGGGGCAGCACCGCUCCAAAGCCCAGGUUCAUGGCCAAAAAGAGUUCAGCCCAGGAGUUUGGCCGGAGCUACAAUCUGUCCCCACCUGCCGCCAAAGCACCAUCGCUGGGCCUCCGGUCAUCAUCUGGAUCCCCCUUUCCCUCAUACAAACCCCUGGUACAGGCCUUGUCUGCUCAGGCCCUCCCGGGGAGGCAGACGUCAUGGCUGGACAGGAGUCACAAGCCUCCUUCCCCCUGGGAGGCCGCAGCUCACCACCCCAUGGGCCUGGUUGACGAGGCCUUCGCCUUCCAGAACCUCCAGCAGGCCAUCGCCUUCAACGUUCGCUCAGCUGCCCAGCGCAAGCUCCUCCCUGAGCCCCCUGCCGAGUGGAAGGCUAGGGUGUCUGACGACCCUCCCAGGAAGACUGAGGUAUGGAACCCGAACCAAAGAUGGAACAAGAGACAGAGCUGGGGUCAGAGCCAGGGUCAGAGCCAGGGUCAGAGCCAGGGUCAGAGCCAGGGUCAGAGUCGGAGUUACAGCAGAGUUAUGCCUCCGUUCCUGUCCCCGACCAAGAGCAUAGCCUCGGCCCCCGCUGGUCCGACUGGCUACAGGUCCCUGCCCAGACAGUGGCAGCCACAGAGGUUCCUGACGGAGACCAACAUCGGGCCCUCGGGGGCUAUUCAUGGGUACGGAAGGCCCCUUGGGGGCCAGCAGCAGCCGAGCUACAGAUCUGUGUACCACACUAACUGGAGCUGGAGACGCUAGAGGCAGACAAACAUGAUGGUUACUUCAUAACAAGACCAAAAAGUAACUCCAGGAUAUUCAGAUGAAGCUGGUAAUUGUGGCCAUAUAUAUAUCACCAUUAAAUAAAACUUGGGACAAUGGGAUAACACAUUGAUUGAGGAGAGUGAGGGGCUAGCUAUUAUGUUUGUGAUGUGUAUAGGAGAGAGUUUAAGAGGGAGGUCUGUUUUAGAUCUGCUUAUUCAGUUUCACUGAGAAUACUGCUAGGAGUAUACAGAUGAUGACAUUCCCGCAUCAGAAUUUAGUUGAGAGAGACAGACUGUUGCAUUGCAUUCAAGUGUGCAUAAAUGCCAGACAGAUUAAACCAGUAAAUGUUUUGGUAUUGGGGACACUGUCAAUGAUGGUUCUAUUUUAGCAAAUGGGCCACUAUUGAGUUUAACUUUAUCAAGUUUUCAUUGGACAAAAAUCAAUGAGUGAUUGACGGUGCAAUUCCACCCUUCUUUUUGCUUCAGAGGCUUUCAUUUCGUCCAACACUGUGAGGCGAUAGUGGCAUUCAAAGUAAGUGAAAUCAAUAGUAUUUCUUUAGAGGAUGUAAUGGGCAUAAAGUAUGUUGUAAGGCAGAAUGUGUAAUUGGCAUGUAUAAAAAUGAAAGGAUAGGAGUAAUGAAUGGACAGGUACACUGAACAAAAUAUAAACGCAACAUGUGAAGUGUUGGUUCUAUGUUUAUUAAUGAGCUGAAAUUAAAUUAAACCCAGAAAUGUUCCAAAUGCACAAAAAGCUUAUUUCUCUC